AUGACCUCUAUCCUCACUAAUAAGGUCAAUAUCGAGGGUGAAGGAGGUCAACACUCCCCCAAUGACAAGUUUGCAGGCAAAGUGUAUCGUCGUAUAUUCAUCCAGUGCCGCGAUGAGUCAUGCAAACAGUGCCGUGAUGAGUAUCGUAAACAGUGCCAUGAUGAGUAUCAGGUAGACUCAAGCACUAGGGUCCUGACUGUAGAUGUAGACUCAAGCACUAGGGACCUGACUGUAGAUGUAGACUCAAGCACUAGGGUCCUGACUGUAGAUGUAGACACAAGCACUAGAGACCAGACUGUAGAGGUAGACUCAAGCACUAGAGACCAGACUGUAGAUGUAGACUCAAGCACUAGAGACCAGACUGUAGAGGUAGACUCAAACACUAGAGACCAGACUGUAGAGGUAGACUCAAGCACUAGAGACCAGACUUUAGAUGUAGACUCAAGCACUAGGGACCAGACUGUAGAUGUAGACUCAAGCACUAGAGACCAGACUGUAGAUGUAGACUCAAGCACUAGAGACCAGACUGUAGAUGUAGACUCAAGCACUAGAGACCAGACUGUAGAUGUAGACUCAAGCACUAGAGACCAGACUGUAGAUGUAGACUCAAGCACUAGAGACCAGACUGUAGAGGUAGACUCAAACACUAGAGACCAGACUGUAGAGGUAGACUCAAGCACUAGAGACCAGACUUUAGAUGUAGACUCAAGCACUAGGGACCAGACUGUAGAUGUAGACUCAAGCACUAGAGACCAGACUGUAGAUGUAGACUCAAGCACUAGAGACCAGACUGUAGAGGUAGACUCAAGCACUAGAGACCAGACUGUAGAUGUAGACUCAAGCACUAGAGACCAGACUGUAGAUGUAGACUCAAGCACAAGAGACCAGACUGUAGAUGUAGACUCAAGCACUAGAGACCAGACUGUAGAGGAAGACUCAAGCACUAGAGACCAGACUGUAGAUGUAGACUCAAGCACUAGAGACCAGACUGUAGAGGUAGACUCAAGCACUAGAGACCAGACUGUAGAUGUAUUAAAUAAUUCCUUACGAUGUUAA